AUGGCUGCCCAAAUCAGUAAGAAACGCAAAUUUGUUGCGGAUGGAGUUUUCUAUGCAGAACUGAACGAGGUAUUGACCAGAGAAUUGGCCGAGGAUGGAUACUCUGGUGUUGAAGUUAGGGUUACACCGAUGCGCACUGAGAUCAUCAUCAGGGCUACUCGUACCCAAAAUGUUCUUGGUGAGAAGGGAAGGAGGAUCCGGGAGCUGACUUCUGUUGUUCAGAAACGUUUCAAAUUUCCUGAGAAUGGGGUGGAGCUCUAUGCUGAGAAAGUUAACAACAGGGGUCUAUGUGCCAUUGCUCAAGCUGAGUCUCUUCGUUACAAGCUUCUUGGAGGCCUUGCUGUUCGCAGGGCUUGCUACGGGGUGUUGAGAUUUGUAAUGGAGAGUGGGGCAAAAGGAUGUGAGGUUAUUGUGAGUGGAAAGCUCAGGGCACAGCGUGCCAAAUCCAUGAAAUUCAAGGAUGGGUACAUGAUAUCCUCUGGCCAACCAGUUAAAGAGUAUAUUGAUUCAGCUGUUAGGCACGUUCUCCUGAGACAGGGAGUGCUUGGCAUCAAGGUCAAGAUCAUGCUUGACUGGGAUCCUAAGGGUAAGGUGGGACCAAUGACACCAAUGCCUGAUCUGGUCACCAUCCAUUCUCCCAAGGAAGAAGAUGAGUAUGUUGCUCCACCAGUGAUGGCAACCAAUAUUGAGAUUCCAGUAGCAUAA